AUGAACAGCGCAGCACCUGAAAUGUAUUAUUCGCAGCACAUGUCCGCCGGCCCGGCACCGCCGCCGCAGACGGUCACCUCCCCUUAUACUCACCAGCACCCCCAACAGCACUCGCAGCCAACCCUGUUGCAGCCUGGUCCUGGCCAGUAUGCUCCUCCUCCGCAGUAUGGGGGCCAAUAUGCCUAUGCCAACGGUCUGAGCCCGCCGACAGGGCCCCCGGUUUCCAACGCCUUGAGUGCACCGCAACCAGUCCUGCCGCUUCCGGGCGUCAGCCAACCGGGGGUGCCCAACUCUCCGUACGGUGGCAGCACCUUCGACACGACGGGUCAGAUUGCGCCGCCAGGAGUGAAGCCCCGUGUCACGGCAACCCUGUGGGAAGAUGAGGGCUCCCUCUGCUUUCAGGUUGAGGCCCGGGGCAUUUGUGUCGCUCGCCGGGAGGACAAUUCCAUGAUCAACGGCACCAAGCUCUUGAACGUGGCAGGCAUGACUCGCGGUCGUCGAGAUGGCAUUCUCAAGAGCGAAAAGGUCCGCCACGUUGUCAAGAUCGGUCCCAUGCAUCUGAAGGGAGUUUGGAUUCCCUUUGAGCGGGCGCUCGAUUUUGCCAACAAGGAGAAGAUUACGGAGCUGCUGUAUCCCCUCUUCGUCCAUAACAUCAGCAAUCUUCUCUGCCACCCGACCAACCAGAGUCGAGGCCAAGUUAUGGCAGCGGCACAGCGUAAACCGAUCCCUGGACUGCCGUCCCUCCCGCAUCAUCAAUUGGCGCUGCCAGGGCCCCAACCGCCGCUAUCAUCCCACCCUCCAUCAAUGGUUCGUCCGUCACUGGACCGCUCCCAUUCGUUCCCUACGGCUCCGACUAGUGCUCCGACCGUGAUGAAUGGAAUGGGUAAUUCUGACAAUUUCCAGUGGAAUCAGCAGGGGAUGGGGAAUGGACAAGGACCCAACCAGGUGUCAAUCGACACUAGUUUGACUAACAACUCUCGCUCGCUGCCGAGCACGCCCGCGGCCACGCCGUCCGGUUCCAGCCUGCAAAGCAUGCAGAAUUAUCCGCCUGCGAGCCAGCCGUACGAUAACUCGCGCCCGAUGUACCAGCCGGGACCGCCGUCCUCGUCGUAUCCGCCACCGUCAAAUGACAGGCCUCCCAUCUACACCAACACGCACAACAACUACGUGAAGAGCGAGAUGGGUCCGCCAGCAAACCGUUCCAAUGGUUCCAACGCUGAGCAGGGUGAUACGAAACCUCCGAAUGGCAUCAUGCAAGCCAGCCAAGGCGAGGCGGGAGCAAGCGCCGAGGAGGAAGCAGACCACGAGAACGACGGCGAGUACACCCAUGACAGCGGGGCUUAUGAUGCGAACCGGAGUACUUACCCGUACAACCCUCCUCCGGUUUCCUCCCUCUCAAACGAUCAUUCGCACAUUUCUCCUGAGCUGGCAGGCUCGCCGCAUCAAGCCGGAUCCGGCCGGGCGACACCUAGGACAGCCGCCGCUCCGCAGCCGUAUUAUGGGCCACAGGGAUACAGUACUCCGCCGCGGGUGGGACAGACGUCGAGCAACCUGUAUAAUGUGGUCAGCAACGAGCGCGGAUCCGCCAACGGCACGUCGACCAACGACGUUUAUGGCAACCAAGGCGACAUGUCAGGCUCGAUGCCCAACGGAUAUCCCGUGCUGAGUGGUGUGCCGACACUGAAGAGAGGACGAGACGAGGACGAUGACCGGGGAGACAUGAAGCGCCAGAAGGGACUGGUUAACGGCACUGGGUCAAUGCCAUCCCCCACGUUCAACAACCAGAUGACCCAGCCGACGGCUGCCAUCUCAGCACAGAGACGCAGGUAA